GCAGCAUUCGGAUCAUCGGGGAUCCGGUUGGGGUUACCAAACGCCCCAUACAUCCAUUUGAGGCAUGGCACGUUUAGUUUAUCUCUCCGAGUCAUCUAUCGCUCCCUCCCUGCCGCGUUCAAAUCGGGUGCGAUCGGUCGAUUAGGAUCGGCUGUAACUGGACUCCUCCGUCCGCCGGAGAGGAGGACAUUCGCCAUCAUCGUACGGAUGUGAAGCUCUUGUUUGGGUCCAGAUAAGUGGGGAAAGCCAUUGAAGCUGCUUUAAAAUCUAUGGAACGUCCGUAUCCCCUACAAGCUCACCAAUUUCUUGGCAUUGCCCAUAGCACUCUAUACCCUGUUGUGCAGUGGGUUGUUGAUAGUGUCCUAGAAUUAUAGCCACAAAAAUACAUCUUUUUCCAGAAAGCUGUUCAGGUCCUAAAGGAGCAGAUACUAAUCAGCAUACAUCUGAAAUCGAUUGGCAAAGUGGAAACUAAGAAGUCAUCUGAUACAUCAUCAUCUAUUUCACUAGACGUCUGACUCUUUAAUGGAAGAGCACCUAAAUGCGGACAAGCAUUCUAUCCAGCAUCCUGUGGAAGCAGCGGUUGUUACAACCACGUCGGACUUGGCUUACAAACUGAUCCCACUGUCUCUUGAACAUCAAAGCGUAUUGCAACAAAAGGGGCCAUUGCUUGGCGCAAUAGUAAAGGCUUGGGCUGACAAGUGUAAUGGCAGGGGUGCAAGUUCUGGGGAAGCCACUUUGUGUAGAAAAAUGACAAAGAAAACUCGUCUUCUGUACGAGAUCUCAGCAUGUGAGAACAUUGUACAGCAGCUUGAAACAGAGCUGAACCAGAGAGAAAGUUCCAUAAAAUUGCUGCUUUUUCAUAUGCAUGAACUGGAUCAGAAAAGGACAAGUCUUCGUAUUGAAUUGCAACAGUUAUAUCAUCAGAUUGAUGAGACAAAUAGCAGCGAUGCUGUUCGGGAUUUGAUACAAUCAUUGGAAUCAUUGAAGGCUCUGGAAAGGAAAGAAUCUGCUCUACAGCCUCAUUGUGAACAAACACAUUCUGAUGCUCAAUCAGAGAUGCUGAAUCUUGAGAAGGAUAUUUCAAUUGUCAAUGAAAGACAAUGUGACCUGAUGAAUCUUGAUCAAUCUCUCAUUAAAUCAUCAAACAAGUUGAGGCUGGCAAAGAGGGAACUUGCUGCUAAGCUGAGGGCGAUUUUGUUGUUAAAACGACAAAUCGAUGACGUGCCUGCUCAAACUGAACUGAUUCAAUAUGAACGUCGGUUUUCAGAACUUUAUGUCCAGAUUCAGGAAAAGCAUAGUCAAACUCGUAAACAUUAUGCUACCUAUAACACACUGUUGGAGAUAAAGGAACUAAUGCUAAAGGAAACAUCCCUGUUGAACUCAAUAGAUUUGCAGUUUCAAGAUGCCAUGACGAGCACCACCGGGCGUUCUAAACUUGUGAAUUCAAUGGAUGCUAUUGUGAAGGGAACUCAACAGAAGCUAGAAAAGGUACAAUCAAGUCUUCUUGUGGAACAAAAAUACUCCGAGUCUCUCAAGGAGAAGUAUAUGACAGCAAUAGCAGAGCAACGCCAUUUCUCUUCUCUUCUAAAGUCUUUCCAGGAUUGGGGGAUACCUUUUUAGUCGUUGUUUUGAUGCCGUAUAAGCCAUCUGUGGGAUAUUAACCUAUAGUACUAAAGCUCUGAGGUUCGGCGGGAAUUUUCCACUUCCCCUCGCCCCCUCGAAAUUCCUGGAAUUCUCACCACUGGGCCCUCUAUUUGCACGCCAACAUGUGUGCUUGGGUGUCCUUUGAGGGAGAGUGGACAUUGGGCGGAACUUUGCACUUUGCUUGUCGCAUGCCCUUGGGUUUCAUGUCAAGUCCUUGCUUGCUUGUGUCUUUUCCUUGCCGGUAUGGAAUUUGGUAGGGGCAUUUUGGGGAGAGGGGUGUAUUUUAGUGAGCCGAUGUGGUGUGGCUUUUGAUUAAUUCCUAAAUUUUUGGGAGGAUAGGGUUUGGCAUUCUUUGCUUUGGAUUAUUAUGUGUCUUUGGCUGAGGCGGGGUGUCCCAUUCGUGCAUUGUUCCACUCAUCAACUUCCUUGUGGUGAGUCGUUGGCAGGCUCAUUUGAGUUCGUUGGGGUGUCGAUGCAUUGGUACAAUUGAUUUGCUGGCGAUGUCUAUAUGGGGAGCGUCGAGGCUAUGCUCGGUUAUAGUUGAGGCUAGGUUGUUGCCAUUUGCAUUGUUAUCGAUUACUUUAUGUUCACUGUUGUUUGGAUUAUUUUUGGCUAUCACGUAUUCAAUGGUUGUGAGGUGGAAAUUAUGGAUGUGGAUUCUUGGUGAGCAUUAUAUGUUCAAUGAAAUCUCUAUUUGGCUUUUAGCCUUAAUAGUUCUCUCUCUCUUGGGUAUACCUUUGCUUUGAGAUCAACUUGCUAAAAUGGUCCUAUGGUUUGAACCCUAGUCUGGUGUGGUUAGCCACGGCUAGCUGUGGUCAAGUCUGGGAAAAAUUAAUUAGUGGAUUGAUACGUUGGAAUUAUUGAGCUGGUUGCCCUUAAACCCUAAAUGGUCAAGUUGGCUUUAUUGUGAUGUGGGGAUAACCAAAAAGAUGAUCCUUUUAUGACAGUUGUUGCCUUUUUUAUAUUUAUUAAUUUUUCUGUCCUUUAUUGCCUCCUAUUUCUGUUUGUGUUUGUUCAUGUUCCCUUUAGUAGGGGGGUGGUGUUAGACUUUGUGGUAUUUGUAAGGUUAUGAAUGAGUUGGAUUUGGGUCAUAUCCAUAUUGUAUUUGUAUCCGAACUCAAUAAGAAAACCAAGUUUGAAUUCGAGUUUGGAUCCAUCAAAAUGAGUAAGCUCCAAACUCACAUCCAAAAUUCAAUUAAGCACGUGAUUUUAGUGGGCCAACUAGUCAAUGGUUUAAAUACUUAUUUAUAUUCAGCUUGAUUGAAAUAUAACCAAAAUCCAAGCGUUGGCUAGGAUUUUGGAAAUAACAUGGUAGUGGGUGAAAGUUAGGAAGAGCCUGCAUGAGAAAAAAGCAUAAAUCCAAACAUAAAAAGGAAUUAACACAAGUUAUGUAGCCAAUUCUCUUUAUUUUCCUAUAUUUAUAUAUACUACAUAUAUAGUUUGUAUAUGUAUUGGGUUCCUAGGUUUGAGGUUCUUUCACCACUACAUCUGAGUUCGAUCUGAUAAGAAAUUGGAUCUUUUAUAUGGAAUCUGACUUCGAUUCAAUGAGGUUAUAAAAAACUUAAUUUGGAUCCAUACCGCAUCGGAAUAGUUGAGAACAAAGUGGCGAACGGGUGCGUAACGCGUGGGAAUCUGUUAUCAUAAAAUAAGCGGGUUGGGUUAUCAAGUGUUGAUGUAUCAUUUACACCCUAACUCUUACCCCUGCUAUUUCAAUUCCAAAAUCCCAGCCAACACUGGAUUUUGAAAAGUGACUGGACUUUUUUUUCAAGGCCAAUCAUUCACUUCCUAUAUUUUGCCCCUCCCACAGGUUCAGGUUGUAAAGAAUGAUUCACCUUCUUUUGCAACGCCAACCGUUGGAUUGUGCAAUAGCUGCUUCGAGAUCUAAUAGGUGGAUGAAAGAAAGAGUUCGGAAUGCUUUGAGAUCUAUGCCAAGUGCAAUCUAACAGUUGACGUCGCGAAAGAAGAUCAGUCAUUCUUUUGCUCGAAAGAUACAAGUCGAAUCCUCUUCCCACCACCCUCUGCCCUAUAUAAAAGUUCUUUCAUUUCUGGAAAUUGUUAACCCUAGUUGGCUUGUUAAACUGCAAAAAAAAAAAAAAAAAAAAAAAAACUCGAAACCAAUUAUUAAUCAGGUUUGGAUGCAAGUUUGGAGCUUACUCAUUUUGACGGAUCUGAACCUGAAUCGAACUUACUCAUUUUGUGGAUACAACAUGGAUCCAAGCAGAGUUCGACCCAUUUACAACCCUAAGUCAAACCCUGGGAUUGGCCAAAGUGUAUGUUGUCGAUCGAAUCUUCUAAAUCCUAGCAAGAGGUGGUAAAGCUAUGCAUGCCUUAAGUCCACUUGCUGAAAUUGAGGUUGUCCAGGUGCGAUAACAAAGACAAUGAUAAAUUGUCUUGUUGGUACGACCUAAAACUAAAUCUUAGCUAUUAAUGAAAGAAAUUUAUAAUCAAUAGGUGGAGCUAUAACAUGUGAAAAAAUAGUAUGAUGAAGUUAAAUAAAAGGAAAGUAAUUGGACCUAAACAUCAUAUUUUAAGGAUGAUAAACAUUAAUAAUACAAGUUUAUGUGAAGUGGAAUUUCCCACUAUGCCAUCAUUAUGCAUUACCAUAACUUGGUGAUUUUAAAUGUAAUCACAAACAUAUUGAAAGCUGAUCGAUGCAUAAAUAAAGGAAUGCUAAGAAAGCGCUUGCUCACAAUGCAACUAUAACUUAGCAUAAGCAUUGGUAGAAUGCAGCUAGGUGAUGUAGAUAUUUAAUAUAUUACAUAAAAAUAGACAUAAAGGAGAAGAGCAUUAGAUAACUGUGACAUUCAGGGACAUCAGGUGCAAUGCAUUAUGUAACCUUGAUUGUCAAAUUUGUAUGAUGCUAUAGACAGGAAAAAGGGAAAUACAUGGGUUAUAUAUACAUAAAACCUAAGAGAGUAACCAGGAACACCAUAGUCGCUAGGUCACAUAAAUAGUUAUGCAACCUUUAUUCAAGAAACAAUGUAAUUGUUACUUAAGGAGUUAUUUAGCAAAGCCAAUCAUGGCAAGAAGAUACAUGAAAGAAAUGUUAAUCAUGGAAGGAGAUAAGAAACCAUGACAAAGAAUAGAUGGAGGAAAAUUUAGGGAAGUAGCCAAGGGAAAAGUAAAUAUUGCAUGAUAGAGUGGCUAUGCAGCAUUCGAUGGAGAGAGAGAGAAAAUCUUUGCUAAACAUAGUACAAAGUAAAGUAUUACGCACUGGAAUUUAAUUGCAGCCAACAUCAAUCAUAGAUGAAAAAUAUACCAUUAAAAAGGAACCAACAGUUGGACUAUUCACCUUCAUAUGUUACGUGCAAGAAGCUGUAUUAGCAAAGAAUAUGACAUGCUGCAAAAUGCAGGAUUAACUAAACAGAUCACAGGAAGGAAAGAUAUAAUAAACUAAAUAUCAACUAAAUAGAUUAAGAAGUAUAGCAAGGAAAAAAAACUGGGAUAUGUGAAGCUUUAAGGAACUUACUGGAAGCAGAUUGCUGUCGCAGAAAUCCAAUACUAUAGAGAAAGCAAAGAGAACAUAGAUGAUUAUAUAUAUAGGAAACUCUAACGAUUAAAGAAGUUACUAGGGAUAGCUUAGUCACUGCAUCAUAGAAACAAUGAUGCAGGCUUCAAGUUUUAACAAAUGACAUUGCUGCUUAAAGGAACAAUGUAGCAAUCCGCAUGAUGUGAAAAGUUAGCCGGAGAAGCCAAGCAUUAGAAAAGAAAUGCAACAGUCUGUGAAGAUAUACCAUGGAGAACCUGUUGGAAAUCGUGUGUAGCUGCACUAGUAAAUGCAGUAUAAACAGGAGUGGAAGUGUUGGAUACAUGCAUACGUACAUACAUCCGUGGAUGCAUGCAUACAUACAUCCGUACGUACAUGCAUGCAUUCAUGCAUGGAGGUUAUCUACAUAUACAUACAUGUAUGCAUGCAUGCAUACAUACGUACGUACGUAUGUACAUACAUGCAUGCAUGCAUACAUCUAUGUAUAUGUAGAGAUAUAUGUAGACACCCAAUUGUGUAACAAAAUUAGUAAGAGGAGCUCAUCUAUAAACUACUAGAAACUAACCGAACAUAUUUUGAUUAGAAAUGGAGAAAUUCUAAGCUGAAGAAAUCAUGAACAAAGGAAGAUGGGCAAACAAAUUAAAGAGCUAUUGCAAGGAAUGUUAGCAAUGAAAAAAGGGGAAAAAUGAAUAUCACUUGAGCAAGCAAUCCAUAGUUUGCGUAAAUGUAUCAGACAAAUUAUCUCCUGCCUUUACAGAGCCAUGGAAAUAGAAUGUUUGAAUGCACAAAGGAAGAAUGGAGGAGAUAUUCUUUAAGACACUAUCAGACUUUAGUUUAGUAGAUCAGGGUGAUAAAGGGAAAGCAAAGUCCAACUGUCAACUUGCUAGAAGAAUCAUAUACACAUAGGUUGGAAGAUGUUACCCGGAAGAACUUAUCUGUUGUGUCAGGAAGAUAGUUAUGUGACUUUCAGAAUGAGAAGCAAUGGAUUUGUUACACGAAAGGGAAAACACAAUAUUUCUUUAGAAGGAAUGUAAAUGUUGUAUAAAUUUCUCUUCAAUACUAAACGUAUAAAAAAGGCCAUGUAAGGAAUAAUUUAGGAGAAUGUAAUAAAAAAACAUGACAGGUAACCAUUGUUUUUCCGAAUCAAGAUGCAAAUGAAGUGUUACACAAAUAGAAGAAUAAAUGAAACGAACAUAUGUGGAAAUGGAUUAGACAAUCUAAAUUAACAAUGAAGCUGGUGUAUAUGCAAAGUAACAAUUGACGAAAAAUUAUUUAAUGCAUAGGAAUUGUAUAAGAUAGCAGAAGGUAUUCUAGAAUGUGUCAAGGUAAUGUAAUUGUUAAAUAUAUUACAUUCCAUUAGACAUAAUAAAGUAGGGGGAAAAACCUUGUCCAAGUACACAACAGGUAAUCUGGUAUUUUGAGGUGCACACGACAGAGAAGUUAUAUAAAGAAAGAACUUAGUCCAGGAGGGAGGGUUUUGAGACUGAGUUUGGACAGUUGCAAUGAUCUUAGGUUGUGCUGCAGGUGGUGAUGGAAAUGGAUAGUAAAUAAAUACAAAAUAGAAAUUUAGGACAAAGGUUUGGUAUUUUGGUUAUGGAAGGACAAUUUUGAGACGGAACUAAUUAAGGUUGGACUAAAAUCUCAGAAUCAAAUAGUUGCAGGUAUAUCCUACAAGGUUCCCCUUACAAUAUUUGUCAACCUUAUCUUUAUCAUACGAAAAUCUUAUCACAUAGUCUGCGUUGUUAUUGCAAGGGGAAACUAUAUGAAAACUAUAGGAAGUAUCGAAGCAAGACUAUAACUUAAUUACAUUGGCUGUCACAUUCAUGUAAUACUAUACAUAAGGGAAAGAUGGAAGAAUGUUUAUAUGUACUAAAACUUAAGUGUGUUAUAUUGAAAUAUAGGAUAUUAUGUUGUAAUAAGAUUAACCAAAUGAAUUUCAUAGAACAAUGUAGCAAAGAUUUUAUAGCAUCAUUAUACAAAGAAAUAAUGUGGUGAACCACAAUAUUGAAGCAAAUGAACACUACAAUUAAAUCUGCAAAAAGAUGCCAUUCCAGGAAUGGAAAAUUAACUAACUUAUCUCAGAAGACUAUAAUGUAAUAUUAUAACUACAUCAUGGAUAACACUUGUGUAGUAUGUAAGCACAUGUAGGCAAUUUUAAGUAUACAUUGUAGAUACAUCAAUGAUACAAGGCUCAUCAAAAAGGCUCAACCACCGCAUCACAUACGCAUGCCAAUGUUUGCCUAGAAAACACUAAGCCCAUACAUUGGAUAUAUGCAUGCAGCAACCUGAGUUGUGGAAGGGAUGAUACGCAGAAAAAAAGAAGUAUGAAAAUCAUCACCAGUUCCACCCUUUGAAGAAGUUGCAUGAAGAAACAUAUGGAACAACCAUUAAGUAUAACUAAAAAGGCAUCGGGCACGAAAAUCACUACAAAGUAAUGCCGAGGGAGGAAAACCAAAUAAAACUCAAUGGUUGCCUAGGCAAUGCCGGAGGCCAUCCAAGCUCCAAUCAAAUGCUAGUACACAUUUUUUUCCCCUUAUGCAUAGCUAGCCUCGAUCAUAUAUUGGCAAGGAAAAAAUCAAAGGAAAAUAGAUUUAAAAAAUCAUGCUAAAAUCAAAUAACACGGUUGUUGAACAAGAAAACCAAACACGUAUUAGAAUAGCAAAGCUAACAUCAGAAAUCCGUGUAUGCGAAAGAAAGAAGAUAGGAAUACCUAUUAAUGACCAUCCAAGAGAGCAGAAAACACAACAUAAAAGAAAAGAAAAACAGAGCAGAGCCAGAUGCAUACCAGAAACCCUUUCCUUCUCAUGCCAACAUAUACAUACAUACAUGUAUAUAUUUUCCUCUUAGAACAAAUCAUGAUGUUGUGUUCAUGUUCCGGCAUAUGAGGGGGCAUCAGUUCAUAGAUAUCUAUGCUUUCAGCUCUGGUGGCUGUAUGGCUUACUGGCUUCAGCUUUAUUUAGUUCCCUUUUUUCUUUUUAUUUCAGUCCUAGCAUCGCCAACCAAUUGACGCUGCCUCUUUCAUGCACUAAUAUUUAGUUAUCUAUGUAAUUUUUGCUUAUUUACAAAUGUUUAAUAGUUGUUACUUCUGCUAUUUUGUAAUAUAGCACUAAGUCCCUCUAAUACUGUUAUAGCUCUUUUAUCCGUGAAGUUAUUUUGUGGCAGUCAUAGUUACUUUAUCUGAAGCAGAAAAUGGAGGUAAACAAUGGAAGUUUACUUAACUGUGCUAGCAGAUUUGUUGUGUGUACUCUGGUAAAUGGUGGUUGCCCCCUGUGUGCUGUUCCAAAAAAAUGUUCUAAACAUCUAUUCUAUUUGUUCUGUGUACUUGGUUUUAGGAAUCACUUGAUAUAGAUUCACAAUACUAUUACUUCUAUUAGUCAACCUAGCAGCUUUUGUUAUUUGACACACAGGUUUCUUCUGUCAAAGCUUUGAGUGGACAAUUACUGAUCUCUAAGAUGCCUUUUGUGAGUUGGUAGGUUGUCAUUCAAGCCUUUCUUUCACACUCUGAAAACUAUGUCCUGCACAUCAUGUGGGAAAAAAGCUUUGUUUGGUGCUGGGAAUUGCCUAAGCCAUGGGAAGGAAGAAUCCUUCCAAAAAAGAAAACCAAAGAUCACAAUCUCCAGAAAAGUUAAAAAAAGGGCGGCUUAGCGCAUGAGGCUUCUGCUAUGCGGAGUCUAAGGAGGGUCAGAUGUAUGCAGCCUCAUCCUCACGUGCGGAUAGGUUAUUUCUGUAUUUCACUUAUGACACCCAGAUCGAAAUAGAAGAAUCUUACCAUUGCACCAAGGCUUAA